AUGGCUGAGCAUACAGCAGCUCCGCCUACGCUUGAAGAGCUCAGAGCUGCCGCGAGAUCACGCGAGACGAGCUUGGAACCAGACAAGCCAGCAUCAGCAAAAGCAGCACAGCUAUCGCCAAAGCUCGCCUCUCGCUUAGCCAGGGGACCUGUGCUCGUCACUGCGGACCUGGUAGCUCAUGAUAAUCGUUCAGCUCGACCGUAUCUCUCUCGUGCGACCAUGCUGCUCAUCGUGCUUGCGCUGCUGUUCGCCAGCUUGCUCGGUCAUUCUCAUAGAUUGGCCAUGAACGAAGUCGCCCGGGUCAAUGCGGGCUGCGAGAUGGCUUACAUGAGUCCUUCAUAUAUCAAGCUAGCAGCCUUUGGUACGGAGUACAGCAGGCUAGCAGGCAAAUAUUCGACCUAUCUCUAUCGCGAGGUGGGUUGGGAUCUCGAGCCCCACCCAGCCGGCAUUCCUGUGCUUUUCGCGCCCGGGAAUGCAGGCUCCUUCAGGCAAAUCAGAUCACUUGCUGCUGCAGCUGCGCGCCAGUUCUAUGACAGUCCGGGCGUACCGAACUCCGCGCUAUUGAAAGCGGGUGCUCGCCAUCUAGACUUCUUCGCGGUUGACUUCAACGAAGACUUCUCUGCCUUUCACGGGACGACGCUGCUCGAAGAAGCGGAAUAUCUGAAUGACGCAGUACGAUAUAUUCUCUCGCUCUACACGCAAGAGCCAUCGCUACGUCCCGACCUGCAGCCUGAUCCGACCGCCGUCGUCAUGAUCGGACACAGUAUGGGCGGUAUCGCAGCACGAAAGAUGCUGCUCAUGCCAAAUUACCAACCCGGCAGUGUCCUCACCAUCGUAACUCUCAGCACGCCGCAUGUAGUCCCUCCAGCAGCAUUCGACGCCGUGACAGAGUCUGUCUACAGUACCAUCAACACAUACUGGCAGCAAGCCUUCUCGCGCGCAGAUCAGAGCCGGAACAGCCUGCGAGACGUAGCUCUCAUCUCGCUGUCCGGCGGUACGUCAGAUACGACCAUAGCAUCCGAUUCGGUCUCUGUCGCUGCUCUCACACCGCCUACACAUGGCAUGACGAUCUUUACGACCUCUCUGCCAGAUCUCUUUUCUCCUGUCGACCAUCAGGCAAUGAUGUGGUGCAAUCAGAUCAGAAAUCGUCUGGCGUGGGCGUUGUUACGCAUGACGAAUGUGCACUCGGCCAGUCAGACCGUCGCGCUGCCUGAACGCAUGCGCAUCUUUCACGAAGAGCUGCUGAUAGGACUGGAGGACGAAGAGGUCGGUCUUACACCGCUGCCUUUCAGCGGCACAUUCCGUCUCGAUCUAUCAACACAACAGCACGCAUUUCUGUCUCUGGGUUCGCGGCUUGUGCGAACUUGGUUGGCGUCGUCGGCGAGCGAGAGCGCUAUCGAUCUCAUGCCAAUACCUCAGGCGCCAUCUUAUGACGAUCAACUCUACUUCGUUUUCCUCACUGAUCUAGCAUAUGCGAAGGAUCAGUCGACGAUCUCGCUCUGUCGCGCCGGUGCCGACUCGCAGGACCACGUCGUCUGCAGUGAGCUGCCGCUGUCAUACGUCAAGCGGUUACCAUCGACAUUGCCCGAGCACGAUAGCAAGUAUGCAAGUCUCUCCUUUGUUGAGCUUCCGCUGUCGGACUUGCGCGAAUACGCCCACAUUGCUAUCAGAUCGGCGUCGCGAACUAUAUCAAGCUUCGUCCUCGCAGAAUUCAUCGAUCGUGACGCGACCCGUCUCGUGCGUCACACCACUAUGUCAUCAUUGCUGUUCGGCGGUCUUCAUGUUGCAAAUGUGGUUGAGCAAGCUUCCCUCUUGACGCAUCUACAUCUGCCCGCGAUGGAUAGCUCGCUACUGCAAUAUCAGCUCGAGUAUUUCGAUCCCUGCAAAGAGUCGAGCAUUUUCAGCCCAUUGCUACGUGUCUUUUCCAAUGUCAAUUUCGAGUCUGUCUGGCUGCCCAACGCAGGCAAGAGUAUCGUCUAUCUGCAUGGUACCGCGCCCUACGUACGAGGUCCAACAUCGCCAUAUACCCGGCGUGGUCUCUCGCUCAUGCUCUGGCGCGAUCCUACAUGCGAAGCGCCGGCGGCUGUCUUUAUUCGACUGGAUCUGCUCGGUAGCCUGGCCAAGCUCAUCGUCCGCUAUCGUAUGGUGCUUGCAGCCUGGCCACUCGCGAUCACCCUCUUGACUUUCAGAAGACAGACGACGGGAUACGAUGGCGGCGAAUGCUUCCGCACUUUCAGUUCUGCAUUCAAUCAAGUCGUCGCGCGAGACUUUAUCUGGCUUCUGCUCGGCGCGACGUCGUUUGCGUUUGUGCAGUGUCUUGCAGUGGUCCCCGUCUCGCUCCCCAACCUACGUCCUCCUGCAAAUUAUCGCGAUCCUGCUCCUCAUCUAGGCGACAUGCUUGUCGGAAAUCACGACCUGCUCUUCGUACCUCUUUCCGCCCUCAUCUUAGUCCUGAGUGGCGCGGUCGCAAUGAUAUCGCAUUUGCUCUUACAAAGCAUCGUCAGCAUUGCAACGACAGUCUACACAUGGCUGGAACAUGCUGCGCCAAGCCGAUUACAGCCAUACCUUCGUAUCCAAGAAAGAAACGAGAACCCGACGAUACAGCGCAUCGUGUCUUUGGCUGCUCUGCUGCUCCUUGUGCUGCUCUUCGCGCCCUACCAAUUUGCCUAUCUCGUUCUUACGCUCGUGCAUCUCUUCUCGACCGUACGCGCCUACAUUCUCCUUCAGGAUCCUUCGAGCGCAACCGCCUUAGUCUGGCGAAGGCGAUGGGACCGAUAUCACUACUACAUGGUCGUAUUGCUCAUCAUGCUUUGGCUGUUGCCAAUGAACGCGGCCAUCCUGAUCGUUUGGGUCAGGAAUCUAUCCGCUGGCUGGAUCGCGCCAUUCUCCUCAGAUCACAACGUGCUUUCAGUUGCCGGAUUCCUACUCUGGGUUGAAGGCGUCCACACAGGUCGCAUGCUACCUCGUAGCCAAAAAUUGUGGAGACGCAAUAUUACCUCAUUCGCAGCUCUCGCAAUCGCAAUCAUCGCAAUCCUGUACGGCAUCCGAUACACGUAUCUCAUUCCAGCAGCAGUCAAUAUCUACUUCUUCUGGCUCGCGUUCCUUCAUGCCAAAGGAUUCAAUACAGGUUGA